CGCGGCUUCGGAGGGGGCCUGGAGGCAGCCUGUGCCCUUCUUCAUGGCGAGGCCGGGGGAGAGCAAGCUCCCGAGGAGGGAACCUGGGAGCUGACUCAGCGGAGCAGUCCAGCAUGUUUUCCCGGGAGCACGGCUUCUCUGCCGGAGCCAGCGGAGGGAAGUCUGAGGAGGCGGUGCAGGGUUUUAGUGAUGUUAUAGACUCUCCCACUGAAGGCUUUCCAUGUGUCCUCACUCCUACUGUUCCAAACAAGACUGCAGACUUGUUUGAGAUGAUUGAAAAAAUGCAGGGGAGUCGUCUGGAUGAGCAAAGAUGUUCCCUUCCAGCUCCUCUCAAGACAGAAGAGGAGUAUAUUCCUUAUCCCAGCAUCCAUGAGGUAUUACAGAAAGGAUGGCCAUAUCCUCUCAUUAUCCUACCGCAGUUUGGGGGCUACUGGAUUGAAGGGACCAGCCACAACCUCUCCAGCUUGAGUCCAACUCUGUCUGAUGUACCCUUUUCCUGGAGUGGUAAAGUGAAACUGGAAAGUGACCCUACAGCCAAGCUGUACCGCAAACAUUUUCUGGGAAAGGAGCACCAGAACUUUUACUCCAGUGACAUGUCCUUGGGCUACCUGGUACUUUCUGUGAAAUAUGAACAGAUUGAGAAACAGGAAAACCUACGCCUGUUGCUGAGGACUCGUACUGGCACCAAACAUGAUCUAAUUCCCAUUUCCUGUCUGAAUGAGUUUCCCAAUGCUGUUCAGAUGGCAAAGCUACUGUGUGAGGAUGUGAAUGUUGAACGCUUCUUUCCUGUCCUGUAUCCCAAGGCCUCGCAGCUUAUUGUUGCAUUUGAUGAACACGUCAUAAGCAAUAACUUCAAAUUUGGGGUCAUCUACCAAAAACCUGGACAGACAACUGAAGAAGAAGUCUUCAGUAACACAGUAGAGAGUCAGGGAUUCCUGGAGUUCCUGGAUUUCCUUGGUGACAAGAUUCAGCUGCAGGAUUUCCGUGGGUUCCGGGGAGGCUUGGAUGUUACCAGAGGUCAAACAGGCACCGAGUCAGUCUAUACAAAUUUCCGGGGGAAGGAGAUCAUGUUUCAUGUGUCCACAAAGCUGCCCUUCACAGAGGGAGAUUCCCAGCAGCUUCAGCGGAAGCGUCACAUUGGGAAUGAUAUCGUAGCCAUCAUUUUCCAGGAUGAAAGCACACCUUUUGUCCCUGAUAUGAUUGCUUCUAAUUUCCUACAUGCUUAUGUGGUAGUUCAGCUCACUCAUAGCACCACUGGGGACACUCUCUACAAGGUUUCAGUCACAGCCCGAGAUGAUGUCCCCUUCUUUGGACCACCACUGCCAAAUCCAGCCAUAUUUAAAAAGAGUGCAGAGUUUCGUGAAUUCCUUCUGGUCAAGCUCAUCAACGCCGAGUACAGCUGCUAUCGAGCUGAGAGAUUUGCUAAAUUAGAGGAAAGAACUCGGAGUGCCCUCUUGGAGAGCCUUUUUGAGGAGCUGCAGCUUCGCAGCCGCAGUAUGAUGGGAUUACCUGUAGGGGAGGAUGAUAAGAUAGAGAAUGGCAGUGGGGGCUUCCUCGAGAACUUCAAGCGGGUGAUCAGAGGCCGCAGCCAGAGCCUGGAUACCAUGGGGAUAUCCAUGAGAAAGCAGCAGCCAGCCACCCUGCCCAGCCGCCCAGCUACAGCUGGCCUUGCCCUCAGCCAGAGUGUCGCCGAGGGCCCUAAGGCCAUUGCUGCGUCUUUUGCCUUGCCUGGUAGGAGUCCAUCACGUCCUCGAGCCAGUCGCUUCCAGGGGAGACGGAGUAGUGCCAUUGGCAUUGAAAACAUACAGGAGGAAAAGAGCAGAGACACCACAGAGAGGAUACAAAGAGUGUUGGACAGUCCAGGAACUUUCUUUGACCUGAAGUCUGAUGGAUCAUCUAGUCCCAGCUCUCCAGAGUUCCCCAGCAGGAAGAGCAAACACAUCUGAGUGGGGACAUCAAGCCAAUCAGGAAUGGACCGGAUGCUACUCAGUCAUUGGGUACCUCACUGAAGACACUGGCAAGACUUUUGGGGUGAAAUCAGAGUCCUGGCUAAGAGGAGCAUGAACGUACUUAGAGGACCUCAAGGACUGGAGAGACCGAGUGGCACCAAGUGACGCUCCACUGUCAGUUCCUGGAGCAGAAAUUCUGUGAGAGAAAGAUGGAAGAUAGCUCCUGUUGGAGCAUUUUGGCUCUGUGCCCUUCCCAUUGCCAAAUCAGCAGCCACUGAACCAACCUCUACUAGUGAUGCGGAAUGGAGGCCACCUUGAGUGUGAACCCUUCUCUUCCCUUCCUCUCCCCUAGGAUGAGUGAGAAUAGUUUGGCCUGCAGAAUGCAAGAGCAGAAGAACACAACUCCACCUCUGUCUCUAGUGCCUUGACACAGGUCAAGAAAUGCAGUGCAGAGAACAAGGAUAGAGAAACCUGCUGAGGAAGGGUGCUGAGAAGGAGAUACUUUGUGGAAAUCUAGAUCCCAUUUCACUUAGAUUCGUGUUAUUGAUUUGCUCUGCUAAGGGAGAAGCAUGUUGGCCUUCAUUUCCUCCAAAAUAUAUUUCCUAAUCUCUUGAGGAAAUAUCUUUGGCGUUUAUUGGCCCUGUCUUUACUGUUCUCCUUGUUGCAUGCUGGCAUGUAAUAUGCCUGGGACUUUAGGUUUCACAACUGCUUGUAGGUCAAGACUGGCCACAUUUUGCAGUGUUUCUGAAGGAAUAAAUAUAUUUAGUAUGUUAAA